AUGUCAGUGAAGGAACUACUGAACCAUAAAUUGAAGAGUGUUAUUGUUGAUGAAGAGGACGUGUCACAGAGCGCUUCGUCAGAUGGUAUCAGAACUGGUGAUUUGAAGAAGGGAAAGAAUAUUGUUCUAUGCUUUGAUGGUACCCAUAACAAGUUUGGUCCUUCUCCUUACACAAACUUGUUAAAGUUGUUUAGAAUGCUAGAGAAAGAUGACCCAGAAUCUCAAAUCUGCUACUACCAGCCAGGUAUAGGCGCUUCAAUGUCUGUUGAAUCUGAAUCUAUGUUUGAGAGGUAUCUUUCAAAGCAAAGUUUAUCUGAUAACCUUGAUUCUCUGAUUGCCUUUUCUUUAGACCAACAUAUCAUCGAUGCUUAUAAGUAUUUGAUGAGGUUUUACCAAAAUGGGGAUAAGAUUUAUUUGUUUGGGUUUAGUCGUGGCGCUUUCAUUGCAAGGGUUUUAAGUUCAAUGAUUGAUCGAGUUGGUUUGUUAAAUGCUGGAUUGGAGGAAAUGGCUGAAAGUGCUUGGUCAAUCUACAGUGCUUGGGAAUACGCUGCUCAACCUAGUCAACCUGAUUACACCACCACUUUAAUUGAUGAAUAUAAGAAAACAUUUUCAAGAGUGGACACUCCAAGAAUUGAAUUUGUUGGUAUGUUUGAUUGUGUCAAUUCAGUUGGACUUUUAAGGGAUAGACUUUUCCCAUUAUCUACAAAAUCUGGGUUGAUCAAGAACUUAAGUCAUGCAGUUAGUCUUGACGAACGCCGUGGUAAAUAUAGACAAAAUUUAAUAUUUCCCUUUUCAUACAAACCUUCAUUUUUUUCAUUGACUUCAACUGAACAAUCCAGUGGUAAUUCUUCAAGAAAAGUUACAAACGCCGGCUCAUCAACUAAAACUUCAGUGUCAAGCUCAAUCAGCUCAAUAUUAUUAGAACACUUUGGUGAGAAAUCUCAAAAGAAAUUGAAUGAUGCUCAAAAGUUGAUGAAGGAUAUUGAACAAAAAUUGAAAGAAACCUCAAGAAUGUCAAUUAGAAGCAGACUGAAAAGAGUCGAAACCAAUAAUAACAAUACCAAUGGAACUGAUCAUCAAGCCAGCUUUUCAACUUUUGGUUCAAGUUCAGAUAAACAAAAAUUGAUCACUGGUGAAUAUAAAGAAGUUUGGUUUGCUGGUAAUCAUGGUGAUAUUGGUGGUGGUUGGGCUUCAGAUGUCAAUGGUCAUUUCCUAUCUCACAUUCCAUUGAGAUGGAUGUUUGGGGAGGCUCUUAGAGUAGGUGUUAUUUUCCAAAGGGAAAGAUUGGUUAACUUUGCAAACAGGUUUUCAUCUUUGGAUUCAAUGCUAUCUUGUAAUCAUGAUAUGCUAUCAUUUUAUAAAGGUGAACUAACUCAUGAAAUUUCACAAGCUGAGAGAGAAACUGUUUUAGAGUUAUCAAAGGCUACUUUCAAUAAAGCUUAUAUUCCUGAUUUUAGAUCCUGUGAAGUUAUCAGUGACCAAGCUUCUUUUGAACAAUUUAGUCCUAUUCAAGGUUAUGACGGUCGUGGUAAUUCAUCAAUUUGGAACGUUUUAGGUUGGUGGAUAGUUGAAUUUCUACCAAUAGGUACCAAGAUUGAAGAUGAAGAUGAUAAAUGGAGAAACGUGUAUGUCCCAAAUUUAGGAAGACCAAGAUCUGUACCUCAAUACUCAAAAUUACAUUGGAGUGUGUAUUGGAGAAUGAAAUUAUGUUAUGAUUAUCUUCCAAGAAAUCUACCUGAAUAUGUUGAAAAUAUUUUGAAUGAGAGACGUUCAAAUCAUAACGAUUCUGAAUCUCGUGAUGAAUUAAUGGAAUUUGAUGUUUCAAGUGCAUUUGAUGAUCACACAAGUGAUCUUAUUAAAAAGUUGAUUAUGGAAACAAGACUGUUAUUCAAACAGUGGGAUUCAGAACACUGGAAACAAGUUCCAGAUGAUUUAAACCCCAUCAUGAGAGAGUUGGGAUACAUGUGA